CCCCCGCAAUUUAGUCAAGAAUAUGGCAUUACUCAAGUAAACCACAUUCAUUCUUUCAUAUAUCACUAUAUAUAGAAAGCAAUAAUUACCAAUGAAGUAUCUCCUUCAAUAUAUUGUUUUUGAAGAAGGGAAAAAUAGGAAGGUUGUGUAGUUUGUUUUAGCAAACAAACAUCAAUCAUCUUUCAAUUCUUGAACAAAAUACAAGAAUGUCAAGCUUCAACAAUUCUGCUCCAGAACAACUGUGCUACAUCCCUUGCAACCUUUGCAACAUCAUUCUUGCGGUGAAUGUUCCCUGCAGCUGCUUGUUUGAAACUGUGACAGUUCGAUGUGGGCAGUGCACCAAUCUGUGUUCAAUAAACAUGGCAGCUUCCUUUCAAUCCAGAGCUGGAAAAGAGAUCCAGGUGCCUAACUACACAUCAUCGGAGUAUAGAAUUGAGUUAGGGUCUUCUUCUUCCAAAGGCAAGAACAAGUUACCAAAACGACCAACAAUUAUGAAUACUACCACACAAGAAAGGGUUGUUAACCGACCUCCUGACAAGAGGCAUAGGGCACCUUCAUUGUACAAUCAGUUCAUCAAAGAGGAGAUUCAAAGGAUCAAGCUGAACAAUCCUGAUAUCAGUCAUAGGGAGGCAUUUAGCACUGCUGCCAAAAAUUGGGCACGCUUCCCUCACAUUCAUUUUGGACUGAUGUUGGAGACUGGAACUCAACCUAAGCUGAAUGAUGACUCGACUGAGCAUUUCCAGCAGCUCCUUAAGUGAAAAUGGAUAUUCAUUUUCGACCAUCCUGAUAUAUAUAUAUAUAUAUAUAUGUAUGUGUGUUGUUUGAAGCGAAAGGCUUUCACUAUUAGAAGACUGAAUGAACUUAAAUUUGUUUGUCUAAA